AUGUUUCGCGCUGCCUUGGCUACCAGUAGGCGGACCUACCUAAAUGCCUUCAACGCAAAGGCCAAAGCUCGUCCAAAUUUUGGACUUCGGGGAGUUGGAUUUUGGACGAGCGAGGUUUACCACAAACCGGGACAAAAUUAUUGGAUGGCUCUUUGUGUCAGUGGCCCGUUUUUGAUCAUUGGUGCUAUUAUGCUUGAUGGCUUCUGGGCUAAACUGGACGAUAUUGCUGGUGGUGGCCCAAGCCAUCUUGACUAUGGAUGGCGGAAGGAGGACAGAAAGCCAUGGGACUUUGCCUUUGAUAUUGGUGAGGGCUAUGCGGCUGGCCCAGCAACCCUCAGGCCAGCACCGGGGGCCGUGGAGCUAGGACAUCAUUAG